CAUAAAUUCGUGGCCGCGGGCCCGGCAUCUCAUCCUCAUCCUCCGGACCCCAGAGAUCCCCAAACCCGGGAGAGGAGCCCGAGUCCAGACGCGGCAGCGGCAUGUCCCGAGCCGGAGUCGCCCCGGUCCUCCUCGCCGUCCCGCUCCUGAUGCUGGCGCUGGCCCCCGUCCGAGGAUUUUCCCUGUUUGGGCUCGGACGCUGCCGCUGCCUGGCGUUCAGUGAUGAACUCGUCAACCCCAGAUCCUUCUCCAAACUGGAAGUGUUUCCUGCAAGCUCCUUGUGCGAACAGGUCGAGAUCAUCGUCACCCUGAAGAACGGGAAGGCCACGUGUCUGAAGGCGGACUCCCCGAAAGUCAUGAAACUGAUGAACAUCAUUAAGAAAAGGUCGUCGGGCGGCAGGCCUCGGCGCUGACGCGGGAGCGGCCGCCAGGGGCGCUCGAGGCCCCCCCCCGCCUCCGGCCCCGCCCCCCGCCCCGUGACGUCAGACCCGGCGCGGACGAGCCGCGCGCUCACGUCGACCUCGGCCGGUGACGUCAUCCUCAAGCCCCGCCCCCUCGCCGCGGCCCAAUCAGCGGACGGGGAGCGAGCUGGGGCCCCGCCCCACGGUGCGUGACUGACAGCGGCCCCGCCCCCCCCGCGGGCGGGGCUAGCGGGGCUCCCCGGCCGACCGGAAGUCUCGACCGGCUCCUUCCCAGACCGGAAGUGGCCAAGGCCUGCUCGCCUUGGCCUCCCUGCCUCCCAUCUUGCCCCACCCCAGUGCCUACUCCCUGCUGCUGCACGGAUCGUUUAUCAACAAAAACGUUCAGUCCACGUCUCCCCAGCCCUCAGACAACUCCAUUGGCCACCCCUCCACCUCCCCGGCAAAGACCCCUCACCAUUUCCUUUAAAACCCCCUCGCCUCCUCCUCCCUCACCUGGCAACUCUCCCGCUCCAACCCAGCCCGCACACCCGGCUCCU